AUGACCAAGUCGGCCACCCACUCGCGCGCAUCGACAGCAGCCGGAACCGAUACAUCGGCGAGUCGGGUUCCAAACUCGAUCAGCGUCGUGGAAUACAAGCAAAUGCGAUUCUUGAUCUUUGAUGCUCCCUCAAACCGAACCUUGGAUGCCUAUUUGGCGGAAAUGGCCCGGCACAACGUCACGGACUUGGUUCGCGUCUGCGAUCCAACAUACGACCGAAAGAUUGUCGAGGGCAAGGGAAUCGCCGUCCACGACUGGCCGUUCCCAGACGGUGAUCCGCCGCCAGACUCGGUCAUCGAGAACUGGCUCUCGCUUGUGUACACCCGGUUCGGAGUCUUGAAGGAAAAGGGCAAAGACGGCGCCUGUCCUGGAACGCCCGCACCGGAAACGUCGAUUGCCGUUCACUGUGUAGCCGGACUGGGAAGAGCACCGAUCCUGGUCGCUAUGGCACUGAUUGAGGCCGGACUGGCCCCAUUGGACUCGGUCAUCUAUGUUCGCGAGAGGAGACGAGGGGCCAUCAAUGCGCGGCAACUCAAGUUUAUUGAAGGGUACAAGCGGCGGGGGCUUGGAAAGUCCAGCGGCAAAGAAAAAGGAUGUACGGUCUCGUAAGGCGACGAGAGGUACGAUAUCCGCAUACGGCCUUCCCUGAACACCCGCUUGCCACCCACAAGACAACGGACAGUCGCUGGUCGACGGAAGCAGACGUUGGAGCCGGCUGUUUGAUCGAUGUAGAAGCGACCUCAAUGAUUAGAGCCGGUCCUGGACGGUGGGCUGAGACAAGGACAAUUGGCAAGCGAGACGAUGAGGAUAGACAGCCGCAACGGUUUCCACUGGUGAUGUGUUGCUGCAAAGCGGCUCGGCUGCGGGCGACCUUGUCGCCGGCGGACUGGUCGGCCAUGUCAAUUUUACAGCGCUCACGAAGUGAAGCGGGAUACCCCGUGUCUGCGGCCGGUGACGGCGAUUUCGUUCUGAACCCUGAAUAUACAGUGAUGUCCAAGAG